AUGAUCGGCGGGGGUGACGACGGUGGUGUCGGCGGCGGUGGCGUCGGGCAUCAGCUGUCCGUGAACCCGGGCGAUUGGUUCCGGUGGUUCCGUCGGAAACGCGGCGCCGUGCUGCCGCCGGACGCCGUGCCGUCCAAUCAGAACGCCGUCCGGGCCAACCAUUACACGGUCGAAGAAGCUGCCGCUGCCAUACCGGUGGUGGUGUACGCGUCCGUCAUCGGUGGAGGCCAGGAUGACGGGCCGCACAACAUGUCACCACCGCCACUGUCGACCGCCGACGACGUGCUGUACACCGAACUGGACCGGGUACCGACGCCCGCUUACCACAACGCCGGUUACGCGUUCGACCAGCACAGCAGCGCCUACUACUCGGACAUGUACGAGCCAAUCGACCCUUAUCACAAUCAUCAUAACCAUCAGCGGCAGAACUCGCUGCCGUCCGACUACGUCUGA